GGGUGAUCACAGUAGUAUACAGUCUGUGCCAAAUGGGACCACGUUAGUCCAACUUUAGGCAUUGAGUCGUUCGGGUCAGAUGGCUAAAGCUUCACUUAUUUUAGUAUUUAGUGAAGUGAAAAUGUAACCUUUUUUUGUAAUUUUAUAGUUUUUUUUUAUUGAAGUGGUUUAUGAUUGUGUAUUUUUUUUUAUGUAGAGCAGUGAGAAUUUAAUUUAAAAUGAGGCUGUGUUUAAUGUUAAGUGUUGUGCUUUUACAUGGAAGCUUUUCUGAUGGCAACCGACCAAAACUAAGAAACUCCAAAGAGUCUUCAGUAGAAUACUUCACGCGACAAAAAAGUCAUUUAACAAUACCAAUCAUGAUGCACUUCGAUAAAUCCCUAACCGACAAACUAGUGAAAGAACACAAGAUAAAAACCAGAAAAAAGCUGAAAGAUAUAUCAAGGAAUAUCCUAAAAGAGGUAGAAACGUACUUCAGGCACCAAAGUCUGAACCACAGCAUACAUUUUAACUUAUUAGAUACAAAAUUCGUAAAGAAAAAUAAGCUAGAAAUGGAUGAUAAUGGAUCGAAAUACUUGAAGAAUUAUUGCACGAAACAAGGACAUAAGAAGAAAGAGAGUAGAAGAUGGUGGUUCUCAGUCCUUUUGACAGGAAUGGAUUUGUUUUAUCUGGAUAAGAAUGGACGAAAAAUCAGGAGUAGUACAGGACGAAGCUAUAUGGGAGGUGUUUGCGCUUUAGACAAGAGCUGCACUGUGCUAGAGUGGAAUCCGAAAAAUAUUGGAUAUCUUCUUACACAUGAAAUAGGCCACAGCCUCGGCAUGUCACACGACGGAGCACCCCACAACGACUGCCGGCCCCAUCGGUACAUCAUGAGCAACAAGUACCACCCGCGGUACCACCCUAAGACCUGGUCCGGCUGCAGCAAGAAAGAUCUCCAACGGUUUCUUCUGAGCAGAAAAGCUUGGUGCCUUAGAUAGUAUAACAUUCCAGCUAGAUGAUACAUUAAACUUUUUUUCUUAUAACAAAAUCACAAUUCUCGAA